UUGUCGAGUCAUACCACAGAAGACAGUAAAGACAACACCCGAUGGUGAGAGUCGCGACUGCACGGUGAGAAGCAAAGAGUUUACGACCCGACAUGCCACCUCACAUGGAGUACUUUUACCACGAAUCCCGUGUCCCCUCCGGUUGCGGACUGACCCGGGAGGACGAGCUGGAGCAGGGGGUCAUCAGUUGCAUGCUGGUGGGCGACGGCGCCGUGGGCAAGACCAGCAUGAUAGUCAGCUACACUUCCAAUGGAUACCCGGUGGACUACAAGCAGACCGGUUUUGACGUCUUUUCCGGUCAGGUCCAAGUGGAUGGAUCUCCAGUCAAAGUUCAGCUGGUGGACACUGCAGGACAGGAGGAGUUUGAUGAGUUCCGAUCGCUGUCCUACUCGCACACGGACGUCUUCCUGCUGUGCUUCAGCAUGGUCAACCCCACAUCCUUCCACAACAUCACCAAGAAGUGGGUGCCCGAGAUCCGUUCCUCCAACCCCACCUCGCCCAUUGUCCUGGUGGGCACGCAGUCGGACCUCCUGUUGGACGUCAACGUGCUCAUUGGCCUGGACCGCGCUAGCGUCAAGCCCGUGGCCAGCUCACGGGCGCGAGCGAUGGCGGAGAAGAUCCGAGCGGAGGAUUACGUGGAGUGCUCGUCGCUCACGCAAAAGAACCUGAAGGAGGCGUUUGACGCCGCCAUCUUCGCCGCCAUCAAGAACAAGGCACGGCAGGCCAAGAAAAGGCGGUCGUCGGACAGGCGCGCCAAGGCCUUCUCCAGGUGCAGCUGGAAGAAGUUCUUCUGCUUCGUCUGAGUCGGCCGGGACUGUGGACAUGAGUUCUGACCUUAUGUGCAGCGUUUGUCGGUGCAAGUGACAUUCAAAGGACUGUGUCCUGUUUACGUCUAUUUGGCUCGGAAUACCCAGGUACACGAACCAACACCCUACCAAUGGUUCUUCUGGUGUACCUGUUACAUUGUAAAAUGUUAUCGAGCUGCAAAUUGGACAGAAAGCUUUUUGAGCAUUUAUUCAGUAUCCUCGAUAUCCAGAUCCAUGUGCUAGUACGCUCUCAAUAGAAAGACAAUUCAGUCUCAAGGACACACUAGGAAAACGAGUGUGCCUUAUUUGAAGACAAAAAAUGCGCUACUUGACAAUCGCGUGCUGCCGGUACGACAAAUGACAUAAAAGUCAUCAAGUUUGCAUCUUGUGCUUCACUACUAGUAUUAGUAGCGCACAGAUGUCAAGUAUUGUAGAGUUUUGCCUCACUUAUAACAUGUAGCUGUCCUAUUAGCAUGCCCACGUUGUACGACUCGUGUGUAGAAAAGUCGUACAUCAGUGGAAGGCAGAGUGGAAAAACACUGCAGUGCUAAGUGAGUUGCUUUGCAAGUGCAAGUUUACGACGGCUUGCGAGGGCCAAGAGCAUACAAGAGCGACAUCAAACGACUUUCCAUCGGUAUGCGUUGGACGUGUUGGCAGACAUGUAUUUUACCUCAAUCUGGAAUCAGGCGAAUAUACGCAAUCCAGAGGGGCUGGGGUGGGGUAGGGGUCUUCGGUUUACAACAGUUCUGUUGCCAUGGCGGUGGGGUAACCUGAAUUUGUACAUAAGUCGGGGCACAUCACUAACCUAUGCUAACGCGAUCGCAAAGUUAUCACUCUGGUCGAUAUAUGUACCAUAGAUGUGCGCAAAACACUUUUAAACCCAAUUUCAUGAGAUUUAACAACGACUUUGUAGCUGUAUUGGAGUGUGCCGUACUCUUUUCACUCACCAAAAAGUCUGUCAUAAUUUCAACAAAUAUAACCCUCAUGAGAUUUCCUCUCACACAAUGUAAACAUCCAAACUGUUCGGCUAUUUUGUUGAGCAGGGACAACAUGCAAACGACCUCAAUUUGCAUGAUCGUUUGUGUGCUUGUGUGUGUGCUGUGAAACAGUGAGGGUGCGAAGCCCAGUUUCAGCACACGGGCGUCAGUAAGCUCUGCUCUUUUGUUGUUUUUGUUUUAAACGCGUCAACCUCCGCGUCGAGUUGUGGUGCAAAAAAAGCGAGGUGCCACAUUCUUACCUGAGUGCUAAAAGGCCGCUGCCCGAACUGGUUUUCGUGCCUUAAUUAUGUGACGCUGACCUUUUGUAAUGUUGCGAAAAGGAACGCACGUACCGCAUCACUUUGACUCAGCUAUAAGAGCAGGAAACAGGUUACAGGAGAGCAGCGUUGACCUUCGGCCCUCUAGAUGACCGUCAGUCGAGAUUCAUUCGAUCGCGGUUGUCAAACUCAACCUUUGUCGGCAGACAUUUUGGAAGUGUGGUUUCCCUAAAACAAAAAACAAACAUCAAUGAGCUAUCACACGGUGAUUACCCCCCAAUGUAAAACAACAGAGUGAUAUUUUGCACUCCAGUCUAAUCACAACAUGACAUGUUGAUAUUCUUCAUUAGAACCGGAUGUUUAUUAUGCUUCUUGUGGAAGUGGCCUGAAUGAAUUCUGUUUGUUCAAACAACUGUUUAUUUUCAAUGUAAAUGUUUUUUUUUCCUUCUUUUGUAUAACUUAAGUGCUAUUGUGUCGCACUCUCCUCUAACCCAUGUGUCUUUUUAUUUACAUGUCAGAGCGAUGUGACGCAAAUAAAUGAAGUGCAAAUUACA